AUGAGCAAUAUUGUACGACAAAGUAAAUUUCGGCAUGUCUUCUGUAAACCUGUAAAGCAUGAACAAUGCAUGUCCGAUAUACGCAUCACCGAAAUUACAUGGGAUUCAUUGUUCUGCGCUUGUAACUCAAAAUUUAUUGCAAUAAUCUGCAAAGGAGCCGGUGGACCAUUUUUGGUCAUACCUAUCAAUAAGGUUGGGCGUAUUGAAAAAGACUAUCCUUUCGUGGAUGCUCAUCGUGCUCCAUGUCUUGAAGUAGCUUGGAGUCCUUUUAAUGAUAAUGUUAUUGCCAGCUGUUCAGAGGAUACUACUUGCAAGGUAUGGUUAAUUCCGCAAAAUGGUUUAAUUCGUACGAUUAAUCAACCGGUGGUUGAGCUAUGCGGUCAUCAGAAACGCGUGAAUACUUUAGCAUGGCAUCCAACAGCUAGCAAUAUUCUGCUUACAGCUGGUGGCGAAAAUAAAUUAUUAAUUUGGAAUGUUGGUACGGGUGAUGCUUUACUGGAAAUUAGUGGUCAUCCGGAUAUGAUAUGGUCUGUAUCUUUCAACUAUGAUGGAAGUCGCUUCGUGACAACAUCUAAAGAUAGAAAAAUACGGGUAAUCGACUCUCACACGGGUGAGGUGCUUCAUCAGGGUAAUGGACAUGAAGGAGUGAAACCACAACGCGCAAUUUUUCUUAAAGAUGGCAGAAUCCUUACUACUGGCUUCACGAAACGUUCUGAAAGGCUUUACGCACUUCGAACACAAGAGAAUUUGGAUGAACCAUUAAUACAAGAGGAGCUUGAUACAAGUAAUGGUGUUUUGUUCCCAUUGUAUGAUGAGGACAGUGGUCUUGUUUAUCUAGCAGGCAAGGGUGACUGUGCUAUACGAUACUAUGAAGUGAACAAUGAAUAUCCAUUUGUACAUUAUAUCAACACAUAUACGACAUCAGAACCUCAGCGUGGUAUUGCAUUCAUGCCGAAAUUGGGUCUCAAUUCUAAUGAAAAUGAAAUUGCACGCAUAUACAAAGUAACGACAAAAGGAAUUGUCGAUGAAUUGCAAUUUUUUGUUCCGAGAAAAUCUGAUUUAUAUCAGGCAGAUUUAUAUCCAGAUACUCGAAGCCACGUACCAGCAUUGACCGCGGAACAGUUUAUUGAAGGUCAAAAUGCUCCACCAAACUUGGUCCCAGUAAAUCCAGAUGCUGCUGUUGCUAAGCCUAAAAUACAAGUAGCGAAAAAAGCCAAUAUCCUUGCUAAUCUUCCUCCCAGCCAGGAACUGGUUACAUCACGUUCACAGGCCGAACAACGGAUAUCAUCACAUGAGGAUAUACGUCACAAGGAGCCAACUCCGACAGCCCAUCAAUCCAGACCGAGAAGCAUGCUUGCUGGACCACUUGACGAAGAGACCGGUAUUAUCAGGAUAGAACGUGGUGGUCCAGAACGUGAACAGCGACCACAAAAUCCACGCAGUCCAGAACGGUCGAAUACAAUAAUACCGCGGCAACAGGUACAUUUACGAUCGCAUGUCGAAAGAGAUGGUGCGCAGACAACACCUGGUCAGAGAAGAAUAACCGCUGAUUUAGAACGUAUCAAACGAGCAAAAGACCGGGAGCCGGAUCGAGAAGAGCUUGCUCCGCCACCACAAAUGCGCAGUAAUUCGGUUUCACCGAGACAGAGUGUGAGUGGACCUUCCGAGUCAAGUUCAGUAGAAGACCUGCUAUCGGAUCUGAACAAGAUCAAAGCUAUCUUGCGGCAACACGAAAGAAGAAUUCGCUUAUUGGAGGACGAAGUAGCCGAUAAAAAUAUGGCUGAUACGUAUAAUUUUUAG